AUGUUCCUUGACUUGAAAGAUGAAAUCCAAAAAGUGGCAAACCACCAAGUAAGAACAUAUGAGCCGGAUCUGACUAAUGAUAUAGCUUUAGCUGAUGAAGUCAUGAGAGAUCCACUCCCUGUCGGGUUUCGUUUACCAAAGUAUGACAUUUACGAUGGAAAGGGGGACCCCAUCGAUCAUCUGGAAGACUUCAAGGUCGCAAUACAGUUUCAUCGUGUCUCUGAGAACAUUAUGUGUUGUGCUUUACCCUUGACGUUCAAAGCGGCCACAAGAUUGUGGUACAAUCGUCUACUACUGAAGUCGAUUCAUAACUUCAGUAAGUUGAGCCACAUCUUUGUGAAGGGUUUCUCUAGUAUCCAACCUCUCCAGAAGACUACCUACAAUUUCUUGAGUGUCAAGCAACAAUCCGGAGAAUCCCUGCGGGAUUAUAUGAAAUGCUUCCAUAAAGCAAAGCUCAAAAUCAAGGGCUUAGACGCGAAACAAGAGUUUAUAGCCCUCUUAUCAGGAGUCAAAGAUAAAGAACUCAAAACAUCCCUAGAAAAGCAUGCACUGAGAAACCUAGCUCAGUUGAAGGCCCGAUGUGAAAUAUGUAUCCACAUGGAAGAGACCUUGGAGGCCGACAAGGAAGCUGAAGAAAAGAUUAGAAAGAAACGAACCUCAAUAGAGGAGAAUAGGGUUUCAAAAGGAAAGAGGCAGUGGUUAGAGUGCAAGCGUCCACCCACUCCCCCGAAAAAGUUCAAAAGGUAUGCCCCUCUCAACCGAAAGAGAACUGAUGUAUUGAUGCAAAUAAAGGAUUCCUUGAACGCCAAAGUACUAAAGUGGCCAGGAAAGAUGGGGCGAUACCCCAAGAGAUACAACAUGGACAAUUACUGCCAUUUCCACAUAAAUCAUGGCCACAACACCAAAGAUUGUUGGCACUUGAAGGGAGAGAUAGAAAGUAUGAUUAGAAGGGGAUACCUAGGUUGGUUCAUAGACCAAGAGAAAGAAGAUACCCAAGACAGUAAUUAUCAAAGAGACAACCGCUAA